GUGGCAGUCUAUUUCGGUGUGCUGGGCAGGGCUCGGCCCGGCCCUCCUCGGGCAUGAGGGCGGCAGCUGCCUUGUGACCCUCUGGCAUGUCCCCUGAGGGCUGUGCUGGCCGCAGAGGCUCCAGCCCUCGGCCAGCUGCCGCCCGCCCGCCGCCUCACGGGUGCCGGCCGGGCUCGCGGAGGUCACAGUCCAUGGGGAUGCCCGGAGGAGGGACAGUGCCGGAGCCGCAGGCUGCUCCCAGCCCCCCGGAGAAGCCGCCCAGCACGGCGAUCCUGUGUAACACCUGCGGGAAUGUGUGCAGGGGCGAGGUGCUGCGGGUGCAGAACAAGUACUUCCACAUCCAGUGCUUCAUCUGCAAAGCGUGCGGCUGUGACCUGGCCGAGGGCGGCUUCUUUGUGCGGCAGGGCGAGUACAUCUGCACGCAGGACUACCAGAGGCUGUACGGGACCCGCUGCUUCAGCUGCGACCGCUUCAUCGAGGGCGAGGUGGUGUCGGCUCUGGGCAAGACCUACCACCCCGACUGCUUCGUGUGCGCCGUCUGCCGGUCGCCCUUCCCGCCGGGGGACCGAGUGACCUUCAAUGGCAAGGAAUGCAUGUGCCAGAAGUGCUCCCUGCCCAAGUCAGCGGGCAGCAGCGUGCCCCUGUGCCAGGGCCUCUGGAGUUGUGGGGGCUGCGGAGCCGAGAUCAAGAACGGCCAGUCCUUGGUGGCCUUGGACAAACACUGGCACCUGGGCUGUUUCAAGUGCAAGACCUGCGGCAAACAGCUGAACGCGGAGUACAUCAGCAAUUAUCUCAAAGUCAAGCGUUGCCAGGGAAACCAAGAUGAGCCUCUGUCCAGGCUGGGUCAGGCUGGGGAUGGGCUGCCCUACUGCGAGGCCGACUAUCACACCAAGUUUGGGAUCCGCUGUGACGGCUGUGAGAAGUACAUCACGGGACACGUGCUGGAGGCGGGGGAGAAGCACUACCACCCUCUGUGUGCACUCUGUGUCCGGUGCGGCCGGAUGUUCUCAGAAGGCGAGGAGAUGUACCUGCAAGGCUCCUCCAUUUGGCACCCAGCGUGUCGACAAGCAGCCAGAACUGAAGACAAAAACAAGGAAACCAGGACUUCCUCAGAGAGCAUCAUUUCUGUACCUGCUUCCAGCACCUCAGGGUCUCCGAGCCGCGUGAUUUAUGCCAAGCUGGGCGAUGAGAUCCUGGACUACAGAGACCUGGCCGCCCUCCCUAAGAGCAAGGCCAUCUACAACAUCGACCGCCCCGACAUGAUCUCCUACUCACCCUACAUCAGCCACUCGGUGGGGGACCGGCAGAGCUACAGCGAGUCCCCUCAGCUGCUCUCGCCAACGCCGCCCGAGGGGGAGCAGGACGACCGCUCCUACAAGCAAUGCCGGACCUCCAGCCCCAGCUCCACCGGGUCGGUCAGCCUCGGCCGUUACACCCCAACCUCGCGGUCGCCCCAGCACUAUAGCCGUCCAGCUGGUACUGCGAGCGUCGGUACCAGUAGCUGCCUGUCCCUGUCCCAACACCCAAGCCCUUCUUCCGUGUUCAGACAUCAUUACAUCCCGUACUUCCGAGGCAGUGAAAGUGGCCGGAGCACCCCCAGCCUCUCCGUGCUCUCAGACAGCAAGCCACCCCCCUCCACCUACCAGCAGGCUCCUCGCCACUUCCACGUCCCAGACACUGGCGUCAAAGAUAACAUCUAUAGGAAACCCCCCAUCUACAAGCAGCAUGGUCCUGUAGCCCAGUCCCCCGUUUCCAAGCUCUCGGGUCUGAUGUCAGCCUUGUCGUUGGUGGUGCACAAGGCAGGGUGCUCCCAAAGGCUAGAAGGUCUGAGCCCUCCGCAGGCUGCAGCUGCGAGGCGAUCAGAUGGGGAGGAUGGAGCUUUUGACCCGGAUAACAGGAAGCAGAAGACCAGCUGGCUGAUUCUCAAGGGGGAGGCAGACACGAGGACCAGCUCUCCGGACCUAGACAGCCAGUCUUUGUCCCUCAGCAGCGGAACCGACAGAGGCCCUCCCCAGACGGUGCCAGGGGACAACUUCUACUCACGGUUUCCCUAUUCCAAGUCUGACCCUGUCACAGGACAUGGCAAGAAUGGCUUGGACCACCGGAAUGCCAAUGUGGGCCCUGGUGGAGCAGACCCGGAUGCCGGCUGGGCCACGCGAGAAUACAAGAUCUAUCCGUAUGAUGCCCUUAUUGUCACAAACCGGAUCCGAGUGAAGCUGCCCAAGGAUGUGGAUCGGACGAGACUGGAGAGACACCUGUCGCCCGAGGAGUUCCAGGAAGUGUUUGGGAUGAGUGUGGAAGAGUUUGACCGCCUGGCCCUCUGGAAGAGGAACGACCUCAAGAAGAAAGCCCUGCUGUUCUGACGCUGCUGGGGGGUGGGGGGGCCCUGACCACGGGCGCGCCUGCAGGAACCACCAGACCCCCUCCUCUUGCACUCGGCUCUGGCUUCUCUGUGUCCAUGGCGGGCAGGCGGGCGGUGGGCGCCUGGGGAGGACUGGUUUGUGGGGGCUGAGGGUGAGAGGGGGUCCCAGAGCAGGUAGAGCCCCCAUUUCUGGUUUCUGCCAGCACCACUCCCGUGUCUAGUCUGCGGCGCAGACCCCUGGCUUUGCACUGUCCUUCCCCGCUGCCGCUUGCCAUCAGGAAGGAGGAUGCGGCGAGGUCACUGCCCGGAGAUGCAGGACUACUUAGACGCACGCAGCCCACCCUCCCACCUCCCUGCAAUGUCCUCCCCACGCUGGGCCUCCGGGGCGCACAGAGGGCGGGAGUGGACGCCCGAAGAGGCUUAAUCAGUGGCAGGCGCUGAUGGGUUCCGGUGGCUGGGCACCCGGCUCCUGGUAUCCGUGGCCCCGCUUCCCUGCUCAGCCUGGGAGGCAUGGCCUGGCAUGCAGGCCCCCGCCCCCCGCCCUGGGCCUCCCCCGGGCUGUCAGAAGCAUGGGGGUCAAUUUUUGCAGCCUUCGUGAUGGAUCUGUGUUUAGGGAGGACCUUCAACCCGAAGGCGCACCUUCUGCCGGGGCCCUCCGUGUGCCGCGUUCCUCUUGCAAGGUCAUCCCUUAGAUGCCUAAACGAUAUCUUUCAAGUUAACACAGAAGUUUUUAUUUUGUUAAAGAGUAGAGCCUACUUAAACACAAAGACGACAUAUAUAAAGAGUUUAAUUUUAUGGUCCCGCUGAAAGGGAGCGCACCCAGCCUUAUUCUCCACCUUCGCAUCCGUGUGCUUUCUGGUUUUGUGUGUGCUCCUUGUCUGCUUCCUUCGUGCUUUUUUCUUUUGUUUCUUGGCCUGUCACACAGGUACCCCGCCAGGCAGACCCCCCCGCCCACACACCCCCCACCACGGUUUGUAAGGACGCCUAAAGUGUGGCCACCCUGCGUUUCUCACUGUCGUUUUCCAAGCCUUGCAGAAAACAUCCUCCCUGAUGGCCACAGCCCCUGAAUCAAGGGUUCCCACGGUCCCGGAUAACGCUUGCCGCAGCUUGCAGAGCGUCCUCUUUGUCACGUGGCUGUGGAGUCCCACUUUUCCCACUCCACCCGCUAUAAAACACCCCCAGCAAGGGAAGGCUGGUGUCCGGUCCUGAGACCAACGACACCCAGACCCUCCGGGAAGACGGGAUGGGAGAUUCUGUCUAGACUAGCAAAGUCGGCAGGGGGACCUGCCGGCCGUGCAGGUGGGAUGUGGUACCAGAACGUUGGUACAAUGCAUCGAGGGGCCUAUGAAACACGGCGCAGGUGUCCCCAGCGUGUGGGCCCCGCCUUCGUGCCGCCGCGUCUUCCUGUGCGUCCUGGAUGUCCCUGUCUGUUCAGUCCGCGUGACUCAGCCCCCUGUAGUCCUGCUGUGCACCCGGCUUCUCACCAGCGUGGCUCGGCCAGGGAGGGGGGUCUCUCAGCACCUAGUAAAUGCUUCCCUCCACAUCGCGAGCCGAGCCCGAGCCGCUGGAAACCCUUAUUUUCUCACUAGUGAACGUCUUGUCAGACCAGGGGAGCCUGGAAAAAAUAAAGGAUGAUGUACUACAA